CCGCCGCGGCCGUGCCAUGCUCUGGUGCUGCUACCCGUAGAGCGAGCAGGCGACGCGAGGCGAGGAGCACCAGCAGCGCCGGACAGCGCACGCCACGACGACAUGAGGCCAACCCUCGUCGCAGCCGCUCUGCCUCUCCUGCUGAUCACGUGCGUGGCACUAGUGGGGCCGAGCGCGGGCCUACCUGCCCGCGCUUCCUCGGGGCGGCCCCGCCCACGAGCAGACGACCUGAUCGCGGGGACCGACUUCCUGUCGGUGUUCAUCGGGUCGUCACUGCCGCGGACUCCCCAGCAGGUGGCCAAACCUAGGUUGCGAGACUCCACCACGGCGCCGGAGGACAUCGGCUUCGGUGCCCGCCUGGCGCCCAAGAGCUCCAGCACCACUCUGACCACUUCCCGCGCCACCCCGACGCCCUUUAGCGCUACCACCGAGACCCCACUCUCUGGCCCGUCCACCCGCCAGCAAGAUUACAGCAGCACGUACGGCAAACCACCGGCGGAAAGCGACAGCGAGACAUUCCAGUCCUCUACAGAACCCACCCAGCGGAUCGAGGAUUCCGCUUCCGAACUCCACUACAGGACUUACCCGCCACAGAACUCUCCCACGACAUCCGACGUCACCCUUCCUCCCGACAGUAGUAUAUCGGUAGUCACAGAUAUCGUCACAUCGAAACAGGAACUGAUAUCACUUACCGCCGGAGACCCUACUGAUGGUGACCAACACGCCAGUGACGGCGUACUGUCUGCGUCGAGGAUCACCAGCUUCUAUGUGCAGCAUCAGGAUGAAAACACACGUGGCACUCAGCAUCGUAGCCCUCACCAAACCUCAACGAAUGGUGCAUACCACAGCAAUAGUCCGCACAAUUCUGUGCCAGAUCCUAAUGUUCACUAUCAAUCGUCGACAGGUCAAGGCGCCGAGACAGGAAGCCUGUUUCACAGCAGUGUUGGUCCCAGCCCCAGUUAUCACACUGUAACGCUCCACGAGCAGCGUCAAGACCACAGUUACCAGGGACACAGUACUGCCUUUCCCCAGUCCACCUCCAAUUCGUGGUUCUCCUCCCAUCCCACUCAAGCUACUCAAAUAGUUGUUAGCCAUCCUGGACAGCCGACUUCUCGGCCCGAAAGUUCGACAGUACAACAAGUAAUCUCCGUCCGGGUCUCUUCGUCGGUAGUGCAGGGUCCCUCAUCACCGCCCAACACUGCACGAAGUAAACCGUUCGGUGUAUCUCAAGAGAGUGAUUCUCCAUUUCACCACAGCAGUGAAUCUUCCAGUCACGACAAUUUUCUUUCUAGUCGGACGGAAGGUGAUGGUGCGAGGCAGUACUCGCAGACGUCGUUGCCCGAUUCUGCGCAGGCGUCUCAAGAACGAGCCGUGGAGGACCAGCAGCAGGUGGUUCCCACGUCACUCGUGACCGAGGACCAGCCGGCGGCGACGGCUGUGCAGCGCAGCCAGUUCAGCGUCGAGGAGUCUUCCCCAUCGGAUAUCUCGGCGCUGCACGCGCAGCGAGACCACCACAACAGGCAGCACAACUACCACGACGAUGGCAGCGACCAGACGAUCGCCACAGUGGUCGAGGUGCCAGCGCCCGCCGUGGUCAACUACGAGUCACGCGUGUCGUCGCCCACAUCCAACAGCCGCGUCCAGUUCUACAGUGGGCCACCGCCGAGCCAACCUGAGCCCGUGAGGCGCCACGGCUGGACUCCUCAGCGCGGUCGCAAGAGCUUCGGUCACCAAGGCCAACAGCAGCAGCAGCAUCAACAACAGCAGUCGCAGCAGCAGCAGCAGGACCAGCAGUCGCCAGCUCACCACCACCAGAGCCACUCUGAACCCUCAGAGCACAACUACGAGCAACCGGAGCAGAACUAUGAAGUGGACGAGCAGCUGAGUGUGGUCACCAAUGGCCGUGCACACGGCAUUCAGCCCCAAGACGCGUCGCAAACCACUCAGCCCUCGACGGCCCCUGUGUCUGCGCCAGAAAAUCCGCAGGUGGACAGCGCAGGCAACAAGGCCGGCUACGUGGUGGAGGGCCGCGGCUUCCGCAAGUACCGCGUCGAGGAACGAACCCCGGACGGCUUCAUCGUGGGCGAGUACGGCGUCGUCAACAGCGAAGGCGACCCCCUGCGGGCGGUGCGCUACACGGCCGACGGCACCGCCCCCACCAAGCUCAUCGACCAGGCGCUCAGCCACUUCCUCUCCCUCUGACGUCACUGCCCGCUGGACGCCACGCCCACCGCUACCUGCCGACUCUGCGACUGCUCCGCGAUGCGCAGGUGCCACCAGUCAGUUUCCCUGACCUGCUGGUUGUGAUCUGUGUUUUUAGGUUCGAUAAGAAAGCCACUGUAAAAUUGUUGUCAAUACACGUUGCUAUUCUCAAAAGAAGUUUCAAUACAGAGAUCAAAAGACCAGUAGUCCUAUUUAAGACAUAUGCAUGCUAAAGCAUAAAGGGCUGAAAAUACAUUCACAAGUGGGGAAAAUUACAUACACUAAUAUCUUUGUUACUACGCUUACGUCACAACAAUAUACUGCAUGUAGUAGACACAGUGUGCUACGCAAUAGAAGCUCACCAAUUCAGCUCACGCCGCAAACAAGACGUCUCAUUUCCCCACUGCAGCUGAUCUCUUCACAAUAGAUAUAAAAUUAUCUUUAAGACGCAACAUAAUUUAGCCUAAGAGGCUAUGUCCUCACGUAUCGAAUUACCGUACCACAAGAUUCGAAACUAAUCAUAUAUCCCUCCGUUUUGUAUUCAAAACACGGACGCAGCAGUCGAAAGGAAAAGAUAAGGCAAUGUGUUGUGGGAUGAUCAGAAUACGAUAUAACAUCAUGCACGGCGCUCAACGGUCAAGAAAAGCAAAUGAAACAGCUGGGACGCUACGCUGCCGUUAACCUAGAAGGACUAACUGCCAGACUUGUAGAGAUCACGCUGGAUUUGCGUUUUGCAUGUCGUAUAGCCUUCGUGUCGUUUACGUACGAGACGAGAUUCUAGUUCCCCCCCUCGGAGAUGCCAUGCCUCCUUUGCACCAUUGCUGCGGUUUCGAUGAAACGUGAACUACCCGGUUUAAUGAUUUGGUGCUUUCGUCACAAAUCUGAAGCGCAUAUUUUAUAAAUAUGCACUCAGUGUACUAAAUAACGUUUCAGACAUUUCCGAUGUUGAAUCUGUAGGUAGUGUCGCCUAAUAUCUUAAGCGGCAACCGCUUGUAUCCGCUGCUUGUAUAAAAUGCGCUUUGCAUGUGCUACCUCUAGACCUCUAGUAGUGUGACAGGAAACGCAGAUCCAGUGGUCAUCUCAUUUACGAGUGAGGCUGACGCAGUUGGGUCUGCGUCUUCAUAGAGCUUCCAGAGUUUGUCUAAGCUGGCUCUCUUUGUCCUAGUGGCUAAAGAGCGAGGCUUCAGCUGCAGUGCUGAGAAUUUGUUCAAAGAGGUUACUUUUUACUAACGCAAGUAUAAAUUUAAUUUAUCUUUCUCCGCUUUGAUACCGAAGAUUCUUGCCACAGUUAAGCUUCCUAUUGCUUCCAUGUUACAGGACGGGCACAUAAAACUGCCCUCAAAAAGUGUUUCAUGUACCUUAAGACAGCCAACCCACCUUACAAUAUCCAUAACUGGGGCGGAUGAUGUAAGGUUGGUUGCCUAGCUUAAGGUGCUUGAAAUAUUUUCCAGUUCACUUUUAUUUUUCCCACCUGUAGUUACAUAUUAAUGCAAUAUCUUUGCUGAGAAUCGUCAUUACAAGAUUCCAUGGUAUAUGUGUUUGUCUUGCUUGCUUUCUAUGUUUUUUGUCUUGCAGUCUUGUGUCAAUCAUUUCAUCUCUCAGUGUUUCUUACCCAGCGCCCUCGAAAAUAUUCCCAUUUCUACGAUUUAGGUUCUAGUAGAUAAUGACAGAUUAUGAGUCAUGUCUUAUUUCCGAGCCAAGAGAAUGCUUGAUGCAGUUCACACUCAUUUAUGACAAAAACUUCUUUGGUUUAAACAAACGCUCACAGUAUUCUAGUCACAACUUCUGAACACAACUUUUGGCAGCCGCUCAACAAUAAGAACGUUCUUUCAGGUAUCAAACUCGCUUACUCUAAGUACACAAGGAAAAACCCUGGGAGGUUUCCCAAGUACAGUCAACCCUAACUGUUCAUCCGAUUAUUUCAUUUCAACUAAGUUUCCUUUUUAUAACGACGUCACUAAGUUAAUAUUAAAAAUAGUCCACAAUUUUUUUUAGUUCAGGGACAAUUUUUUGCAAAUAAUUUCUAAAGAAUAUGCGCAGUGCACCACAGUCAUCCCCAACGUCAGUUUUUCUUAACUCUGUAUCACUUAAGAGUGUUUAUUCCGUCGCUAUUGACCUCAAUCUCGAUUUUCAUUAUUACUACAAAUCAGUUACAAGCCGUAUGUUUUCUUUGUUGCUGAUUUAACAACUUGUCUCUUUUUGCAAUAGCCACUCCAACUAGUAAUUUUCAAAAAUUUCAGGUCUUUUCAACAUUUUCUGAAAUCUGAUUCUCGGCUAUUCUGGUCAGUCUAAUUCUUCUGCUACAAUCUAUGAAUUUGUCUUCUUUCCAAUCCAAUUAACAAUAUUACCUUUUAUCUUUGCUGCCAAGGCAAGUCCUUCAAAUAGCUAAUACAACUGUAAGUUUUUCGAGAUUUGCCCUCCUCUACGUUCACUGCUGCAAAACUAUUGUAUUUUCCUUUCAAGAUCCCGAACAUUUAUUCGUUUUUUUUAAUUUUUUUAUUUUUAUUUUUUUAUUUUUUUUUGUUAGAGUCAAGGUUUCAAUUGCAUACUUUAAAGCGAUAAUUAAAAAGUAGUUUCAGAUCAAUAUUUCGAUUAUUUCUAGAGAUUUUACUACUUUUUAGGAAAUUUGUCGGGCUACAAUAAGCCUUAUUUGUGCUUAGUAAUCCAAUUUCAAUUUCAUCUUUGAUGUUACUUGUUGUAUUGAAGAAGGCUUCUAGAUAUUUAAAUUCGUUAACUUCUUCAAUUAUUUCAAUUUCGACUUUGAAAUUACUGUUUAUUUGGGAGUACUUGUGAGCACAAUGCAUUAUUUGUGCUUAGUAAUCCAAUUUCAAUUUCAUCUUUGAUGUUACUUGUUGUAUUGAAGAAGGCUUCUAGAUAUUUAAAUUCGUUAACUUCUUCAAUAAUUUCAAUUUCGACUUCGAAAUUACUGUUAUCUUUGGGAGUACUUGUGAGCACAUUUUUUUUUCUGCUGACAUAUCACGAUGUUAAUGAUACACUACAAAAUCAAAGUUCCUAUUCUUCCUUCCAGGUUAGAAUUAUUUUCUCGGCAUCUCGUCUUUAACCUUGUACUUACGCAACAGGUUAUAAAUAAAUUCUACUCGAAACAUACAACAGUCGAUAUCGCGGAAUUCUAUAUACCAUUUACUUGUUCUUCAAAAUAAUUUAUUGUGCUGUAUCUAUACGUUUUCCUACGCUUUUUCAUCAUUAUAUGAUCUUAGACGGUUAUACGUGUGGCGAGUUCGAGAGCCUGGCCGCGGAUUCGAUCCUAAGCAGCGUGGCGUCCCAGGUAGGUUAGCACAGCCUGCGCGAUGACUGCCCGUCCAGGAUUUGGGCCCAUCUGGACGGCUGGGCCGUAUUCGGGCCCUGGCAGCACUUGUCGCGUCGGCAAGGUGUGCAUUGGUUUAGUUUCCCCUCUAACUCUGACAUGGCACUAAUCUAUGGAACAUGAAAUACCGCCGAACUCACCUCAUAGGCAGAUGUUAUUAUUCCACCUCAGAUACAGUUAACAGUUCUUGCAUACCAUUUGGCAGGUUGCACAUAUAAAUAGUCAAACGCCUCAAGGUCGAUCAAUGUGUUUAACCAAUGUCGCUUUUCAAUUCACAGUGAUUCUAUGACUCUGUGGUGUAGAUAUCGUGAAAUCUACAUCAAAGGUACUUGAAAGAGCGAACUAACGGUCGUAUACAAUAAAACCACAUUUCAACAAUAUCGCAACAAUGUGCCUAUAAUAUUAAUGACAAUACAAAAGCAAGAAUGCUAACAAACAUUGAUGUCUGUGAUAUAUAAACUCUGUAAUAUGAAAUGGACUUUGAACUGUGCUCAUAAGCUAGUCUGAGACCAGUGAUAAUACUUUUUCCUCUGUUUUUUGUUUCUUCAGUCUUUUUUUUUUUGUAAUUUAGUUAUGAAAGUAUCGUUAUCCUUUAUUUCAGUUCCAAUACUAGUGCUUACAGAUCUUCUGGACAGUUAUCUCCGCUUUUAUUCCAUGGAAACUUGUUCCAAGUGACCAAAAACUGGAUCGGUGAGAAAGUGGAGGUCUUAACAAACGAUUUUGUAUCAUUGUUCGUCGACUAAUGCAAUGUGAUCGCCGAUGUCAGUACACCGUUCAUAGCUUCUUGCCAAUGUAAUUAAAAAUGUACCAUUAAAUCUUAUACUGCAAAUAAACGUCUCGCUGUUUUUUAUAA